AAACCGAGGCUGGUUCCAUGGUUCGCGUCGGAAGGGGCCCCAAUCUCCUUGUUCAAUUUGGCCGUGUUGUGCCGGUUUCCCCCUCUUUCCUGCCAUGAGUUGGUUUGCCCCAGGAACUCUUUUCUUCCACUGGUUGAUAAAAAGGGAUGUGGCCUUUGUCUCCACCCAAAGUUAACGUAAGAGGGAGGCAAAGGGCGCCUUAAUGGACGGGGAAGAAGCCUGCCUGAGCCGGUAGUGGUGCGAAGCGAGCGUGGUGUCAUCGGCCUCCGGGCAGCCAGGGGAGCAAUCCGAAGGACGCAGAGGUACCCCGGACAGUUGGUGGGAUGAACAGUGCAGAAAGUCCACUGGAAUCCCAAAUACCAUCUGAACCCGAAGAGGAUUCAGACACAAUGUCUCAGCAGCUUCUCUACCGGGCAUUGGUGUCAGCUAAAUGGGUGUCUGAAGCCAUCAAAUCUUCUCAAGCUGGGUUGGCUGUGCGGCUCUUGGAUGCCUCUUGGUAUCUCCCCAAAAUGAAGCGGAACCCCCGGAGUGAGUUUGAGGAGCGCCACAUCCCUGGAGCUGCAUUCUUUGACAUCGAUCAAUGCAGCGAUCGCACGUCGCCAUAUGAUCACAUGCUACCCAGCCCAGGGGAUUUUGCAGAGUAUGUGGGCAAGCUGGGUGUGGGCAGUGACUCCCAUGUCGUGGUCUAUGAUGCAAGUGACCAGGGCUUGUUCUCGGCCCCUCGUGUCUGGUGGAUGUUCCGAGCCUUUGGGCAUGAUGCUGUUUCCCUCCUAGAUGGUGGGCUGAAGAACUGGCUGCGGGAGGGGUUCCCAGUCAGCUCAGGGAAGAGCCGGCCUGUCUGUGCAGAAUUCCACGCCUCUCUGGACAAAUCGCUAGUGAAGACCCAUGAGGACAUUAAGGAGAACAUUGAGUUACGCCACUUCCAGGUUGUGGAUGCACGGCCUGCAGGGCGGUUCAUGGGGACAGAGGCAGAGCCCCGGGAAGGAAUUGAGCCUGGUCACAUCCCUGGCUCAAUGAACAUCCCUUUCGCCGACUUCCUGACUGAAUCUGGCUUGGAGAAAAAUCCAGAGAAUAUCCGUAGUUUGUUUCAGGAGAAGAAGGUGGAUCUCUCCAAGCCCGUCGUAGCCACUUGUGGUUCAGGAGUCACUGCUUGCCACGUGGCCCUGGGGGCAUAUCUGUGUGGCAAGCCUGAUGUUGCCAUCUAUGAUGGUGCUUGGGUGGAGUGGUUCAUGCGGGCACUGCCUGAACAUAUCAUCUCAGAGAGAAGGGGGAAAAGCCUGUGAGGUGUGGCCUCCUGCCUCAACAGGGGCAGAAACAUUGCCUUGUAAAGGGGAAGGGGAUGGCCUUUAAAAAUCCUGUCUUAAGAUGUCCCUGCUGAUGAGUGAAGCUUGUUGAUAGUGAAUCUGGGCUUCUGCUGCCCCUUUGCUUGCCUACAUUGCUGGGCAUGAAUGAUUUCCUUUGUUCACAGCAACUUGUCUGGGUGGAAGAAUGCACUGAUUGUAGGAUGGCAGAUGGUGAAAUAAAUGUUUUAGGUUGUACAUGAGAAUUCUGGAGGUCCAGCCACAUUGGGCACACCACAGGAAAGUGGUUACUUAUGGAAUUAAUCUUGCACUUUGACCAUGGCAAAUUGUGUCAUUUUUCUGAAUACACAGUACCAAUCAUUUCCCCCCAUGAACUGGUUUCCACUCAUUUUUUAAAAAAGUAAAUGUGAGAUUAUGAUUUUUUUAAAAAAAUUAAAAGCAUCUUAAGGUAUUUAAA